UUCGGAGAAAACCAAAACAAAAAAAGUAAACCUAACCUAUUCGAAAUUUGUUUUUUGUAAAAGAAGUGGAGAAAAUAUAAAUAAUCCUUUAUAAUUAAUACAAUUAGGGGUAUUGUGUUUGCUUCUUAAUUGUUUUUAAAAAUGAAUCAAGCGGAUGUAUCUAAGUUAGUAUCUAAACUACGGAUAAAGGUAAAGCCUGAUCCUCGUCGGCUAAGAAAUGAACAGGGGCCUGAAGGUAGAUUAAAUAGAUUACGUAAAACUGUAACUGGAUUAAUCAAACAUGAAAGAAUCGAAGUUAAUUACAAUAGAGGAGACGAGGCUCGACAAUACGCUGAAAGGCUCAUAUCCGAGGCUAUUCGACACGGUGACUGUCACAAACCAACGAUGGAAGCUGCUGACUACUGGCUACUAGAAAAAGAACUAGUUCACAAGUUGUUCAAAGUUCUAGUUCCUCGCUUUGAGAACUGCAAUACUGCAUACACCCGUAUGUACAGGGCUCCACGCCCACAGUACAGCCGAAACAUUGAAACAACUGUUCUAGAACUUAGAGGAAACCCAUACCCACCUCUCUUCAAUAAACAAGCUAAUAACAGAUUAUUAAUUCAAAAUGUUUUACUCGAUGCAGCAAAAUAUGAUUACCGACAGUCCAAAUAUGCAGAAAUCGCGGAUAACAUUGGCAAACCAGCAAAACAAAAUGAAGCAAGCAAUAAAGUAGAAGAAAGUUCAGAAAGAAGUAAAAAUACUGACAGUUAAUUAGAAGAUACCUACUUAUAGGUAGUUGAGUAGAGUUAACAUUAGUAGCUCCACAUAUUUUAUGUAAUCAUUUAGUAAAUAUUUAAAUUAAGAAAACAUU